AUGGUGAUGCUUGCCAUGGCCGAGGACAACGUGGACGACUGGCGGCAGGAGACCUCGAAGCGGAAACACCAGGAGGAGAAAGAGCGCAUCCGGAAGUUGGAAGAGGCUGGCGAGGAGGUGCCUGAGGAAGGAGAGGAGGAGGCAGAAGAGCCACCACAGAUGCCGGAGGAAGAGGAGGAGCAGAAAGCUCUCUUUGACAAGACAGCGGGGGACCAGUUGCAGGCGAUGGCUCCCUUCCUGCCGCUGCCAGAGCUGGAUCCGAAGAGGUUGCCACCGUUGCCAGAGGAAAAACUGGUGGAGCCAGAGACGGUUGACCGAGAGGCCAUGGUGACGGGCGAGGCUGCGGCGGUGGAGGCCAUGCGGAAGCAGAGCCCUUUGCCCUUGCUGUCGCUGAAGGUGGACGGCCGGACUCCGACAGAGACCGCGGAGUUGAUGGAGGUUCUGUCAGGCUUUGGCGGCCGGGUGGGCCUCCCAGCACCUUUGGAAGGCGCUGCGGAGCCAAAGGAGUUGCUGCGGCUGAACUUGGAGACGGGGCCCGACCGCCGCUGGUCGCCCUGGAGGCUGCACUGCCCAGUUUCUCUUCAUGAGAAGCAGCUGGCACCUGGCGCCGUCGAGUUUGCUGUGGACUACGCAGGUUACGUCUUCCUCUUCGCUGGCGAGGAGCAGAUGCGUCGCUUCUGCCAGUGGCCCAAGCGCUAUCUCACAGACCUGCCCCGCAUCAACGUGCCAGGUCUGGCGUUGGGCUUCGUGCUGUUGAGCCCCGGAGGGUUCCGGUGCCAGCAGCUGGCCAAGCGCCUGGAAGAUACCUACGGCUUCCAGCUCGUGAGCCCGCUGUCGCUGCUGCAGCGUGCCUUGGCGCAGCCGCCCGUGCCGGACGAGCCCGCAGAGGAGGCGCUGCCGCCUGUGGCCACGGAGCCUUGGCUCUACGCUUCAGAGCACCAGGAGCUACGGGCAGGCAAAGCUGCGUCCACGGCCACCUGCCUCCGCCUCAUCGGAUGGCAGUUAGGCGUCGAGAAGAACCUGGCGCUCCUGCAAAAGCAGGUGCAAGCGCUGGAGGAGGCGAAAAAGCUGGUGGAGGAGGCUCAGGCUGCUGGCACGGAGCCAGAAGGACUGACUUUAGAUGAGGAAGGUCAGCCCAUGGUGGAGCUCGAAGAGCCAUUGGCGCGGCCCCAGCGGGGCUUCGUGCUGCAGGCGGUUUGGGAGGUCCCCGACGGCCAAGUGGUCUCGCCGACGAUGCCUUCGGAGAUGUUGGCGCCGGUAUUGAAGGAGGCGGGAGCGGUGGAUGUACCUCGGGAACUGUAG